GGUGGGUCCGAGGGGGGGCGGACAGCUGAGAAUAGACAGUUUGGUGGUUGUCCUUGAGACAUGACUGCCCGAGGUUUUCCCAUCUUUAUCCCCGGGACAGUCAAAGAAUUUAACGCGUCUAUCUGACAAGAUGUUUGGUGUUUUUGUCAGAACAGCGCUGCGGCCAGGUGUGGUGAAGCCAUGCCGCCUGGUCAGACCUGUGACACAGAUCCCAGAGCGGUCCCUAGUUCACCAGGAGGGUUUACCUAAACUGCCUGUGCCAUCCUUGAAGCAGACAUGUGAGCGCUACCUGGCAGCACUGGAGCCCAUUGUUAGUGAGGAGGAGCUCGAACACACCCGGCAACUGGUGCAGGAGUUCCUCAAAGGUGGUGUUGGGGACCGGGUGCAGAAAGGCCUGGAGCGCCGUGCACGCAAGACAGAAAACUGGCUGUCUGAAUGGUGGAUGCAGUCAGCGUACCUAGACUGCAGGAUGCCAGUGGCGGUUUAUACCAGCCCUGGGGUUGUCUUGCCCCGUAUGCAUUUCCACGAUCGCCAAGGACAGAUGAGGUUUGCUGCCAAACUAAUUGCAGGAGUUUUGGAGUUUAAAAAAAUGAUUGACAAUGAAAACCUGCCUGUAGAGUAUUUGAGUGGGAAGCCCCUAUGUAUGGACCAGUACUACCAGAUCCUGUCCUCCUGCCGUGUCCCAGGACCAAAGAGAGAUACAGUUGUCAAUCAUGCCAUAGGGAAGACACCACCCACACACAUAACUGUUGUCCACAACUUCCAGUUCUUUGUCUUGGAUGUGUAUAACAGCGACAGCACCCCGCUGACAGUGGACCAGAUUUACAUGCAGCUGGAGAAAAUCUGGAACUCCUCUUUGCAGACUAACAAGGAGCCCAUUGGUAUCUUAACAUCACAGCACCGCAAUACCUGGGGAAAAGCUUAUAACAACCUCAUAAAGGACAAGACGAAUAAGGAGUCAGUUCGGGCUAUCCAAAAAAGUAUCUUCACGGUUUGUUUGGAUGCCCCGAUGCCUCGAGUGUCAGAUGAGCUAUACCAGAGUCGUGUGGCUGCUCAGAUGCUGCAUGGGGGAGGGGCUCGCUGGAACAGUGGCAACCGUUGGUUUGAUAAAACUUUGCAGUUUAUUGUUGGUGAGGACGGUACAUGUGGACUCGUAUAUGAACAUGCACCUGCUGAGGGACCUCCCAUUGUAUUCCUCAUCGAUUAUGUAGUUAAAUACAUGCAAAAGACUGAAAUAGUCCGCUCCCCCAUGGUUCCUUUGUCCAUGCCACAGAAACUGCGUUUUAACAUUACACCUGAGGUCAAGAGAGACAUUGAAAAAGCCAAACAAAAUAUGAACAUAAUGGUGCAUGACUUAGAUGUGAAGGUACUUAUGUUUUCUCAUUUUGGAAAAAAUGUGCCAAAGCAACACAAGCUGAGUCCAGAUGCUUUUAUACAAAUGGCUCUGCAGCUUGCCUAUUUCAGGAUGUACAACAUUUGCUGCUCCACGUAUGAGAGUGCGUCGUUACGAAUGUUUAAAUAUGGACGUACGGAUGCAAUUCGUGUAACUACUGUUGACUCAUUAAGAUACGUUCAAGCCAUGGAGGACCCAUCAAAGCAGAACACAGAGAAGGUUGCACUGCUGCAGAAGGCUGUUCAGACACACAAGGAAAACGCAUAUAAUGCGAUUCACGGACAAGCCAUAGACCGGCAUCUGCUUGGAAUGAAGCUGCAGAGUAUUGAGGACUUGACCUCCAUGCCUGAGAUAUUUAUGGAUACUUCUUACGCUGUGGCACAUCAUUAUAAUCUCUCUACCAGCCAGGUUGGCUCUAAGACAGACUGUGUGAUGUGCUUUGGUCCAAUGGUGCCAGAUGGCUAUGGAGUGUGUUACAAUCCCAUGGAUGAGCACAUCAACAUCGCCAUCACGGCCUUCAACAGCUGUGAGGAGACGAAUGCUGCCAAGUUUGCCCGGGCUGUAGAGGAUGCUCUGUUGGACAUGAGAGCCCUUCUGGAAGAUACAGCUACAGCCAAGCAGUGAUCCCAAACUGUAGCCUGGCACUGCGCUUGUGGCAUACCAGUCUCUAUGGGAGCUGGAAACGAACCGGUGCCGAAGUUAUGGCAAAAUGCCACGUUUCCAUAGAUGCACAAUUUAUGAGUGUGUUGGGCCUUCAGGAAAACCGUUUAUUGAGUUGGUUUCAGAAUGUUUUAAUGUGUGAAAACUGAUACAUAAUCGUAAUUGUAUAUUUUAAUAUAUUGUGUUAUAUAAAAUAUUGCUUUAACAAGAU